CUCACUUAUCAUCUCUCAUUCUCUUUUGUCAUGUCUGAAAUUCGAAGAUUUCAGAGAUAUCAAAUCCCAAAUCAAGCCAACCUUUUUAUUUUCGCCUUAGGGUUUGAGGUUUACAUACAACAGUUGUUUUAGGGUUUAGUCUCUGUUAUGUAGUCUCCAAAAACUCUCAAGAGCAACAGCACAAAGAAGAUGAAAAUCCAUAAACUUCUCAUUUCCUUGGUUUUUGAGUUGAGAGAUCGUGAAGAGGAUUGACGUUUUCCUCGUCAAAGAGUCUGGAAAUGGAAAUCAAAUGGUUCAGUUCAGUAAAGAACCUAAAAAUCUCUGCAACGUUAACACCUUCAAACACUCUGGGUUAGCUACUGCAAAGACUAUUUCAUUUCAAGCUGGAAAAGAUUCAGGUGUUGUUCUGGCUACUAUCAAGACUAACAAACAGAAAUACCCUUAAGCUUUGGUGCACAAAACUGUCAUGAAGCUAGGAAACAGAGCUCGCAUUUUGGAUCACUGGAAUUCAAGUUUAAUAAUCAUAAUUCCUCCACAUAUUUUUAUCAAUUCUAAUCAAAUAGUUUGAUUUCGUUUACUAAUUCUAGUCGAUUUUAUGGUGUAAAGGCAAAACUUUCUGAGAGAGUAUUAAAGCUUCUUGUAUUGCCCGGGGAUGAUGUUCCGUUGCUGCUCCUUGAUAUUGGUUGUGGCUCUGGACUAAGCGGAGAAACAUUAUCUGGGAGUGGAAACCAAUGGAUUGGUUUAGAUAUAUCUGAUUCAAUGCUAAGUGAAACCGUCAGUUUUUUUUUUGGUGUAAAUUUGAUUUGCUUGUGCUAGAUCUUCAUUUGAUUAAUCUAAGUCUUGUUUUGAUAAUAGAUGUUGCGUUGGAGCGGGAUGUAGAAGGUGAUCUUUUGCCAAGGGAUAUGUGUCAGGACUUGGGUUUCAUGGAUGGAGUUAUUAAUGGUGAUAUUAGCAUCUCAGUGGUGCAGUGGAUUUGCUAUGCAGAUAGGUCCUCUCAUAAUCGAAGACUGAGAUUGAAGGCAUUUUUGGAUCAUUAUAUCGGUGUUUACCCUGAAAGCAAUGACCAGCUUGAAUUGAUCCUAGGAUUUGCUAAGCGUGCUGGCUUUGCAGCUGGUAUGGUUGAUGACUCUUCCCUACAUGUAAAUUUAGGACGAUUUAUGAGGUUGUUGAUGGUGGUUUUUAGCUGGUUAAAAUCGUAAAACCUUGCAUCUGAUGUGACGUCACUUUGUAAGGAAGUGGAGCCAUGAGUGUCAACCUCUUCACUGGCAUAUUU